AUGUCAUCUGAAAUGGAUAUUGAUCAACCCGCAUCGGACGAUCGCGGCUCUUCCUUCACAGGCAAAGACAUACGAACUCGGGCAGGAGCGGUGGCUGUCCGAAGCAUCGAAGGAUGGAUUGUCCUAGCAACCAACAUCCACGAGGAGGCUACAGAGGAGGAUGUCACAGACCUAUUUGCCGACUAUGGCGAAAUCAAGAAUUUCAACUUGAACUUGGAUCGGAGGACGGGUUAUGUCAAGGGCUACGCAUUAAUAGAAUAUACGACGCUCCCCGAGGCGGAGGCUGCGAUAAAAGCUCUCAAUGGCGCGAAACUACUUGAUCAGACCCUAGACGUUGAUUUUGCGUUUGUUCGACCCCCACCAGCCAAUAAAGGCAAAUGGGCCGGUGGAAAUGGAAAUCGUGGUCGUGGAAAUCGAGGCAGAAGUCGAAGCCGAGAACGAACCCGCAGCCCAGAGGCAGGGAAAGAUUAA